UGCGACCGUUCUACUGUCAAACUGUUUAGUGACGUGUAUUGUGAGUUUGGAAAAUUUUUUAAGAAGUGUGAAAUUCUAAAUUGGAUUUCACGUCAACGGCUUUUUAAAGCCAAUGAUAAAGUCAAUUCACAUUAAAGCCUAUUGAAAAUAAUAUUUCUUUGAAUAGUUAAAGUUUUGUAAUAUAACUCCUUUUACAUAUUGUGUUGGUUGAAACACGAGUUGGAGAAAAAAAAUUACAGGCGAACGUCACUAUCAGAAAAGCAAAUAAGAACAUAAAAGCCGAGGGUGCAAGGAGGUUUACGGGUUGUGCUCCGUUUGCAGUGGUGGUUGUGCGGCAGAAUAAGAAAAGUGUCAGGCGAGACUAAGUAAAAUGAGGAAAUAGAAACGAGCAUAAAUUACAGAUCGAAGGGCCGAAGGGGAUACAUUUUUGUGAAUACGCGCUGUUUAAGUGCAUACGCGACGACUGGCCGACGUUGGAUAUCUGGUGCACUUUUACUUGAAUUUUUGGUUUAUCUUUAUAUUUUAGUUUAUCUGCGCAUAUUUUCAAAAAUAAAGGUUAUAAUAUCUGGCAAAAACAAGUUAGGUUAAUCAAGUGACGGCAAUAAUCGACACCUGUACCAGUUAUUGGUAGCAGACGCUAAAAAAAUACUACAGCAAUGAUGGAUGAGGACACAAGUACUUCGACUGGAGGUGGUGUGAAGCUAUUCUUUGUACGCCUAUCACAAAUGUACCAAUCGACGCUGGAUCGUUGGACGCCACAUACUAGAAUGCGAUGGGCGGGUGCAAUUGUUAUUAUAUUGCUCUUCCUGCUACGCAUUUUCCUCUACCAAGGCUGGUAUAUAGUGUGCUAUGCGCUGGGAAUAUAUCAUUUAAAUUUGUUUAUUGCAUUUCUAACACCAAAAAUCGACCCGGAAUUCGAUCCUUACGAAAAUGAUGAAGAUGGUCCCAAUUUGCCAACACGUAGUAACGAAGAGUUUCGGCCGUUCAUACGACGUCUACCGGAAUUCAAAUUUUGGCUGUCGAUCACGAAAAGUACAAUCAUCGGUCUGAUAUGUACAUUCUUUGACUUCUUCAAUGUGCCUGUUUUCUGGCCUAUACUUGUAAUGUACUUCAUUACACUAUUCUGCAUAACAAUGAAGCGGCAAAUUAAGCAUAUGAUUAAGUACAAGUAUCUGCCAUUUACACGAAACAAGCCGCGUUAUCAACGUGUUGGUGAGUCACCGGCAACGACAAAGUGACAAUUAGCCGCACAGACACUGCAAAAAACAAACGACAACCAAUCGACAACGGGUAUUACGUCGAUACACGAGCAAAGAACAACAACAACAACAACAACAGCAACGGUAGCAGCAGCAACAGCAGCAAAUACAACGAUUGCCACAGCGGCAACAACAGCAACAUCGUUACCGGCUGCACCAUUGGCAGCUGCGACUACGUUAGCAACAACAAACAUAGCAAAACCACCGCAAAUUAUAACUAUUGAAUAAAUUCAACUAAAGUACACAACAAACAGAAACUACAACUAUAGACAAACACUAACAAAAACAAACUAUCAACAAAACCAAAACAAAAGAAAAACAUUCACAAAACUUUUCAAAUUUCUUGCAAAGUCAGCUAGCUAUCAGUAUUUUAAUUUCUUUAAACUCUUGAGAAGACAACAUUCUCCCUCACCAUAAAUCUACACAAAUACACACACACACACAUUUAAUAUGAAUUGGAUUUCUGCAACUUUUUGCAAAUCUUUACUAAUUUGCGCGUGUUCAGUGCAUUAUCUAACAUUUCAUUUGCUAGACAUAUUUGUUGUUAGCGUUUGCUUAAGUUAAAAAAAAAAAUACUUGUUGUUCUUAGCGGCAUAAACGUUGUAAAAUCCAACUAAUUUUACCCUAACAACGUUCUGUCCCAUGGGCUUACGUUAGUUCAGCAAUUAGUUGAGUUUUCCAACGUUAAUGCUUAUUGUCGUGCAGUGUCCUGUGCAAAAAAAUAAUUUUUCGUGGCAUUUGUCCAUCUUUGUCUUAUAACUAAGAAUAUCUUUGCUUCAAUAUUUAAAACUUAAAACUUUUUUAUUUGUAUGAAAUGUUAAUUAUAAUUACUAUUAUUAUUAUUUUUUAGUUUAAUUUGAGCGUGUCAUUGGCCGAGUCAUAUAAAUCAGUCAUACAAAGCACUUUGUAACUGUCUAACGAUUGUAUGUAAAUAGCAUGCAAUUAAAAGCAUACUAAAAAUUGCCAAACGGAGUGACGUUGUUGUGGCAACAUCGAUUCAUACGGGGGUGCACUAUAAUAAUACUUUGGCUUAGCGCUUGAAUUGAAGUUUGGCUUAAAGUAAUAUAUAUUAAUCAUUAUUAUUAAUUAUGCUUAGUAAUUUUAUGUGUACACCUGUAUUAAGCUCGUUCCAAACAUAAAUAUAUAUAUUCCAACAUAGUGUGCAAAACCUUCUAGACAACUAAGUACAUAAAUGGAUGCUAUUAAUUUAGUUUACCUGCAAAUCUUGUUUCUUAAAUGGUAGCGACUAAUUGGACAAACAACAAAAGCAACAAAUUUAAAAAAAAAUUUCAAAACUCGCACGUUACACGUUAAUUUUCUUCUUAAGUUUUGUAUACAAAAAAGCCUUUCCCAACUUAAAUUCUUAUUAAUGUUAUUAGUUGCCUUAAAUAUAAUUUAUCUGUUAACAAUGCAAAACUAAUUAGCUGAUAUGCUUUAAAUAACAUUUGUAUAUAACGCUUUUCCUACACAGAAAGUCUUCAUUUCCAUUUUGAGAUAUUCUUAAAAGUUCACAAAUAGGUUAUGCGCCAAUGUUGACGAAUUGCUGGUUGUAAAACACCUAAAGAAUGAAAUACAUACCUAUAUACAUAUAUAAGCGCAUCUGUGUGAGUUGCGAAGUUGAAACUGGUACAGUGUACGAUUGUAAUAAAUAAUACCAAAUCCUUUGAAUAAAAUAUAAAUAAAAAUGAAAUAACUUAAGUCGAAA